ACCGGGAAACAAGGAAGUGUUGUCCGAGAAGUCACAGGGCCGAGUCUGUUUUCCUCCGCAGAGGACUCGGUAAAUUCAUUUCACGCUUAAAAGGAGAAGCCGAGCUGAAGGAAGAGACGGACAGCUUCAGUAUUUUAUCAUUACUUCAUGAAAAUGGGUUUAAAUGGCGCGUGUUCGCUCAUUCUUUUAAACUGUUUACUAACCUGCGUCACUUUGAGCAGCGGGUUGCUCAGGAGACCUAACAUUGUUUUGAUCCUCACCGACGACUUGGACAUCGCUAUCGGGGGUCUGAGUCCACUCACCAAGACGAAAAAACUGAUAGGUGAUGCUGGAAUAUCGUUCACAAACGCAUUUGUGGCCAGCCCGCUGUGCUGCCCGAGUCGCGCCAGCAUCCUGACGGGGAAAUACCCGCACAACCACCACGUCAUCAACAACACGCUGGAGGGGAACUGCAGCAGCAGAGCCUGGCAGAAGAGCGAGGAGGCACACACCUUCCCCGCCCUGCUGAAGACGUACGGAGGCUACCAGACCUUCUUCGCCGGGAAAUACCUGAACCAGUAUGGGCACUCGGAGGCUGGGGGGGUGGAGCAUGUUCCUCCAGGCUGGAACUACUGGGUCGGACUGGAGAAGAACUCUAAAUACUACAACUACACUCUGUCAGUGAACGGGAAGCCUGAGGAACACGGAGCAGACUACAGCAAAGACUACCUGACAGACGUCCUGGCCAACAGGUCUCUGGACUUCCUGCAGUAUAAAUCAAACUACCAGCCGUUCUUCAUGAUGGUGUCCAUCCCGGCCCCCCACUCCCCGUGGACGGCGGCCCCUCAGUACCAGAACAGCUUCAACACCACCAAGGCUCCCCGAGACCCCAACUUCAACGUCCACGGGAAGGACAAACACUGGCUGAUCCGACAGGCUAAAACUCCCAUGACCAACUCCUCGGUGCAGUUCCUGGACGAUGCCUUCAGGAAACGAUGGAGGACUCUGCUGUCAGUGGACGACCUGGUGGAGAAGAUCGUGAAAAGUUUGGAGGUCAGAUCUGAACUGGACAAUACGUACAUCUUCUUCACCUCAGACAACGGAUACCACACGGGUCAGUUCUCUCUUCCUCUGGAUAAGAGGCAGCUCUACGAGUUUGACAUCAAAGUGCCUCUCAUGGUCCGAGGACCGAAUAUCAAACCCAACCAGACUAGCCAGAUGCUGGUGGCCAACGUGGACCUGGGCCCGACCAUGCUGGACAUCGCCGGCUACAACGUCAACAAGACGCAGAUGGACGGCAUGUCCUUCCUGCCCGUCAUGGAGGGCAGGGUGAACAGCAGCAGCUGGAGGACAGACAUCCUGGUGGAGUACGAGGGGGAGGGGAGCAACGUCUCUAACCCCGCCUGCCCUCUGCUGGGACCCGGGGUGUCGGAGUGUUUCCCAGACUGUGUGUGCGAGGACUCGUACAACAACACGUACGCGUGUGUGCGCACGGUCGCCGCCUCCUCAAACCUGCAGUACUGCGAGUUUGACGAUAAUGAGGUGUUUGUAGAAGUCUACAACGUGACCGCAGACCCCUACCAGCUGACCAACAUCGCAAAGAGCAUCGACCAGGAGGUUCUGGAGAAGAUGAACCACCGGCUGAUGAUGCUGCAGUCCUGCUCCGGACAGUCAUGUCGGACCCCCGGCGUCUACGACUCCAGGUAUAAAUUUGACCCGAGACAGAUGUUUCCGAACCACAGCUGGCCGCCCAGCAGCCUCCGACAGAAGAGGAAGUGAGGAGGUGGAGAAGAGGAGAUGAAGGAUGGAGGGAGGAGGAAGAGGAGGGCUGAAUAGUUUUUAGUAUCCAACCUCCUGCUGGUGUUGCCUUGUUUCAGGCCUGAGCGGUCUGUGUGUGUCUGUGUGUGUGUGGAUGGAUGGAGAAGGGAUCAGGUGGGAGUGGAGGAGGGGGGGGGGGGAGGCCUCUGUUGGUACUCCCCCCCUCCCCCUUUAAAGCCUCCAGGUUGGGCUGCUGUUUGUUGAGUUUGUCUGUAGGUGUGCAGGGAAAUUAUUCAGUGUUGAUUUAUACUCCCAAGCCAUUAAUCCUUGUCGUCUUGGAAGCAUUCUAAACGUUGUAUUUGUUUAAACCCCCUACACAAAGGGGACAAAAAGACCCAGUUCUUAUAAAUGUCUCCGUUGAGAAAAUAAUAUCAAAGGUCCAAGCAGCGAUGAGGUCACAAUGUGUUUUUCUUAUUUAAAUAGUGCACAGGAAGUGGUUUGCUGCAUUCGGAUGGUCCUCAAUCAUUUGUCAAAUGUUAAAUAUAAAUCACUGAGUUGCACUGGUAGUAAUAUAAAAGCAUAAUAAUCAAAAACAGCACUUUGGUCACUUGAUGUCAACGAGGAUCAACCGACUGCAGCUAAAGAUUAUACUGCGAGGAAUGCAGAGAAAAGCGAGCCGCCUACAGAGAAGUUGACAAACAGGAAGUCCAACAGAAACCCAUCUCUCAGAGCCGAGUGCCUACAUUUACAAUCCAGCUGUCUCUUCCACUCUGAAGCUAAAGCCAAUACGACUGAAUAACGAUCCCACACUGAGAGCAGACAGCAUGUAACUAACACCAAUUUCGAUUUGUGUCACAGUCAUUACUUUGUAUGCGAGUGAAGGAGUCUGAAAUCAGUCUGGAGAAAUGUCCAAUAAUUAUUAGUGGUAUCAAUAAAAACCUGCUUAUAAGUUUACAGGACCAUUUCUGACUUUGAGAGCACUUGCUACACCGUUUCAGUGUCAGACUCGCAUAAAAGUACAUUACCUAAUUUCAGUGUUAAAGCACCUUUUUCAUCCAAAAUGUCUAAUUGUUUUUCAUUUCCUGUUUGGAUUUAAUUCAUCCUGUGUUGUAUAUUUCAUAUUUACUUUAUUUAUGUCACAACUGUCACUUUAGAUGGGCAGAAAAUACAUUUCUAUGUUGGGGUGGAACAUUUCGAGAACUAUUUAGUUUUGCAUUUAACUGAGCCACAUUUAAAUAAAAAGGGUUAAAGAGAAGAGAUACAUUUUCUAGAGAGAAGAAAACGGUUAAACUUUUCCAAUAAUCAGGGUUCCUGUUUUAGGAGAGUUGUUUUGUUUUUAUUUCUUUAUGUUUCUAACAAGAAUUCUCAUUUAGUUUUUUGAGCUGGAGGUGAGGGGGGGGCAGGGGGCUGGACUUUUGAAAGACAAAUGAAAAAAAUAUAUUUGAUAUUUGUAUCCAUGCCACCUUCUCCCUCACAUUUAAAAAGAAGCUUUUUGUUGGAUAAUUAUGUUUUUGUUCCCGCCACACUUGAACUAUUCUGCGGCGUUGAAAUAAAUCUGAUUUCCAGAGGCUAAAUAAAUGAGAAAUCAAAGCUACCUACAGAAAGUAUUUUUUGGUGAUACAUUUUCUUUAAAUAAAUUAAGCUUCAAAUUUGUUCAGUUUCCAGAAUCUAACCUCAGAUCUGAUCAGGACAUUUUGAAGGGAAAUAUGAAAUAUCAGAAAGUCUGGUCGGAACUAAACGACUGACUCGUUGACUUGUGUGUGUUUAUCUCAAUUGUGAAUAAUUUUCUGACUGGCUGUUAAAAUGUGUUCCACUGCUACUGGAGUUAUUAUCCUUUUUGUUCAUGCAGCGGUUUCCUCCUCUGUAUCUGUUUCACAUCUGGACUGAAUUAAUGUGAGAACCCUGAGCUCCACAUGUGGUCAUAUUUCACUGAUGCACUUUCCAAUCUGUCAGAACUCUCUUUAUGGAACCAUUAGUUUUAUUUUAUUAAAUAUUUUUGUAGAGUUGCUUUUUAUGAUUCUGUAUUUUGGGCUUGAUUGUGUUUUUGUCCAAAUAAAGAGAUUCUCAAAAUAC